AAAGAACACUAAAAGAAGCUGCAAUUGCUCACAAUGAUUUAGAAAUGAUGACAGCCGUCACCGAAACUGAUUUGAAAGCAAAAGAAUUUCAAAAACACGAAAAAUGCUAUCUUGACUAUACUAGAGUCGUCAGGAAAACAGCUGAAUCAACCGAAGGUGGAAAUGAUGACAAACAAUCAGGGGACUACAACGCAGUACUUUCUUUGGUAGACAGUGAUAUUAUAGGCGGUCAGCAAUGUUUGUCAAUGGAAACACUAAUGAUAAGAUAUUGUGGUAAUAUUGGAACAAGGCAAAGCAGACACAAUGCAAGCUGA